AUGCAAUCCUUUGAACUCCCGCUGGCCAACGGCGGUACAGUGACUGGUAUCCAUUCCAUCCCGCCCCUCUCAGCAUCAUCUGCACAACACCGGCCGCUGAUCGUUGGCCUGCACGGCGGAUGCUACGAUUGCCAGUACUUUGACGCCACGCCGAAAUAUUCAGCAUCUCGGCAGAGCUCCUUCUUUGGGAUACCAUUCAUUUCCAUCAACCGGCCGGGGUAUGGCGGUACCAGUUGCGUCUCGCCGAUCCCAGAGGGAUCUGACUUCCACCACGCGAGCGGUCUUAUGCUUCACAGACACCUCCUACCUAAGCUUUGGCAAGAGUUUGGGGUCUCGAAUCAAUGCAAUAGCAUUGUUCUCUUGUGUCACAGUCUAGGCGCCAUGAGUGGUAUCGUCGCCGCUUCGCUGCACGGACAGGACAUGCAGCCCUCUUACCCGCUUAGCGGUAUAAUUACAAGCGGUAUGGGUGCUACUCAGUCGGUCUCCGCGAAAAGUACAUCCCCUGGAUUCAAGGCUCAUGGGGAUGACUACGUCACCUUUCCAUCGUGGGCCAAGGACAGCGUCAUGUUCAAGCCGGGUACUGUAGAAGACGAAAUUUUGGAACAGACAGAACGGCUCAAUGCUAAGACACCCCUGAUGGAGGUGGCUACCUUUAAGGAUGCAUGGCUGCCUGUCUGGAAAGAAAAGUAUGCGGCACACGUCUCGACACCAGUCAUGUUUUCUCUGGUGGACAAUGACCCUUUCUUUGUGGUAACCACGGAAGAGGUUGAAUCUUGCGCACGAGCGUUUGCAAAUAGUGCCCGCGUCGACGGCAGCUUGAUGACGGGGGCGCCUCACUGUGUGGAGUUGAGUCAUUGGUCACAGGGUUGGUACGCUCGAUGCUUUGGUUUCGCGUUGGAAUGUGCAGCUAGCUUUGGUAAAUAG